UGAAAUAUUUUGUGAGUUCUGUGGGGCUAAUGGUGCGCUUGGCAAAGUUCUUGUGUUGCCUGCCCCUGCGGCUGGGUGUGAUCCUAACGGGUUGUCUGUUUGGCCUAACGGACAUUGCUCUCGGCAGCUACGGCUGGUACAUGGUGGCCAUGAAUGAGUUUCCCGACAACAUAGUCGAGUUCUUUAGGACAAUGCACACCGGCACAUGUGUGGCCUGCUUCGCGGGCACUUUCUACUUGAUGGCCUUCAACGAUCUAAUGCUGAUCUAUGGCGCCAUCAGGGAGAAGCCUGCCUACAUAGGCAUCUGGCUGCUGGUCAACUUUGUGGUUCUUAUCUGUACGAUGGUCACGGCCUUGGUCAGCGGCAUAGCCAUCAUAAGAAUUGUUAUUCUCAGUUAUUGCAUGUUUGUCGUGAACUCCUUUCACGUUGAACUGACGACAGAAGACGAUUGAUUGGCACUUUCCUCAAUGAAAAUUAUCAGUCUACAGAUUGGGCAUGAAAAUAUCUUUAAAUCUCUGGAAGCGUCUUCCUUCUACUCAACGAAAGUCAGCGAAACAGGAUUAAGCGAUUCAAAUGAAACUGCACUUUCCGCUGCGAUGCCGAAAGGCCGCUCAAAAGCACCGCUUGAGACUCAUUAAAAAUCCAUUAAACUGGAUAAGCAGUUGCGGAAGGGCACAAGGGAGGAACGG